GACUCCAAAUACAGCUUCAUUCUCUAAACUUCCAAUCCAUACUUUACAUUUCCGUCAACCAUUUCUGUAAUUUUGAACCUUCAGAACCCUCCGGCACAAGUUCUGAAAUAAACAGACACAAUGGCGGAUAGAUAUUCCUUCUCCUUGACAACCUUCUCUCCCAGUGGGAAAUUGGUUCAAAUAGAAUAUGCAUUAAAUGCCGUCAACCAAGGUGUUACAUCAUUAGGAAUCAAAGCCACCAACGGCAUUGUCCUCGCCACGGAGAAGAAGUCCUCAUCAACCCUCAUCGAUCCCCCCUCCCUCUCCAAAGUCUCUCUUAUCACUCCAAACAUCGGUAUGGUCUACUCCGGUAUGGGACCUGAUUACCGCGUACUUGUCGAUAAGGCCCGCAAAGUAUCCCACACUGGCUACAAGCGCAUUUACAACGAAUACCCACCAACUCGUAUAUUAGUGCAAGACGUUGCGCGGGUGAUGCAAGAAGCUACACAAUCGGGAGGUGUACGACCAUAUGGUGUUAGUCUGUUGAUCGCAGGUUGGGAUGAUGGAAUUGAGCCAGAAUCGGAGGAUGUUGCUGGUGCGGAAGUUCAUCCGGAUGAGAAGAAGCCAUCGGGCAAGACUGGUGGUAUUUUAAAGGGUGGACCUAUGUUAUACCAAGUUGAUCCUAGUGGUAGUUACUUCCCAUGGAAGGCGACUGCCAUCGGAAAGAAUGCUACUUCGGCGAAGACUUUCUUGGAGAAGAGAUACACCGAGGGAUUGGAGUUGGAAGACGCUGUACACAUUGCUCUGUUGACUUUGAAGGAGACCAUUGAAGGAGAGAUGAAUGGCGAUACAGUGGAGAUCGGUAUUGUAGGACCCCCGGCCGAUCAUUUAAUGGGCAUUGAGGGAGUCGAAGGUGCUCAAGGCCCACGUUUUAGAAAACUGAGCCCUCAAGAAAUUGAGGAUUACCUUACGAAUCUAUGAGCUGCUUUUCUUUUAUUCUGCAAUAGCAAUGAACUUUAACGUAGUCCCAAGGUCAUGAUGUAUUAUAGAAUGGCAUAAGAAAGCAAAAUGAGCAAAGAGAUACCAUACUA